UGGUGUUGAAAAUUUGGCAUUUGAUGUGAGCCACAAGCAUGAAACUCCUCCGUGGCUGGCUACCUCUCAAGACAAUAGAACAUCAAUACCAUCAUGCCUUUGUCUUUCCUUCUGUGAAUGUUAUUUCAUGCUAUGCUAUGUUAUGUUAUGGCAGUAACCACACUUCAAAAAAACAACCUUAAUAAACUCUUCCUCAAAAAUCAUCAUCAAAAUGACCAUAAUCACUCUCAAACCACAUAAUAGUAAAUCAUCAUGUUUCUUUACUCAACCUCAAACUCAGAAUCAAAUAACAAAUUCACACAACCCUUUUAUCAAAACCACUUUUCAACGUUUUCACUUCCACUUCACACCUUCCAAACUCAUCCACAGAACCAAACAAAGAACAGUAGUUUCAUGUAGUAAUACUCAACAAGAUAUCAAAGAAACCCAUAAUAAACUGUCCAAGACCAAAAUCAAUGCUCUCUCCGACCUCGACGAUGAUGUUGAACUUGAACAACACUUGUCUGGCAAUUGGCCAUCAUGGAAGAAUCUUCCCCUUAGAUACAAACUCAUUGGAACUACUUCACUUGCCUUUGUUAUCUGUAACAUGGACAAGGUGAAUUUGAGUAUUGCAAUAAUUCCAAUGUCACAUCAAUUUGGAUGGAACUCAUCAACAGCAGGGUUGGUUCAGUCUUCAUUCUUUUGGGGUUAUGCAUUGAGUCAAUUGCCUGGUGGUUGGCUAGCCAAGAUUUUUGGUGGCAGGAAUGUUCUUGUGGUUGGAGUACUGAUAUGGUCAGUGGCUACAGCUCUUGUUCCUUUUCUUGCUGGAUAUAUGCCCGGCUUAAUAUUGACAAGGAUUUUGGUUGGGAUAGGUGAAGGUGUUUCACCAUCUGCCGCUACUGAUCUCAUUGCCAGGUCAAUACCAUUGGAAGAGCGCUCACGGGCAGUAGCAUUUGUAUUUGGUGGCUUGAGUGUUGGAAGUGUUUUGGGGCUUCUUUUCGCUCCUCCCCUCAUCCAAAGUAUUGGUUGGGAAUCGGUAUUUUAUAUAUUUGGUCUUUUGGGUAUUGCUUGGUUUAUAGGGUUUCAAUUUCUCGAAGAAGGUGAAACACGGUUAGCUGCAGAAUCUUUUUCACCAGCCCAGGGCAACAUGACACAAUCAUGGCAAACUUCUCUAAAAGAAAUGAAUAGCUCUUUGAAGGAUGUACCAUGGAAGGCAUUUUUCCAAAGUCGCGCUGUAUGGGCAAUGAUUUAUGCUCAUUUUUGUGGUAGCUGGGGUCACUAUACCUGUCUCUCAUGGCUUCCCACAUAUUUUAGUCAGGAGCUGGACCUAAAUCUGACAGAAGCUGCAUGGGUGUCUAUUCUUCCACCCCUGGCUUCAAUAUUUGUGACUAGUAUUGCAUCACAAUUAGCUGACAGCUUGAUUUCAAAAGGAGUUGAAACCACUACGGUUCGAAAGAUCUGCCAAUCAAUUGCAUUUUUAUCUCCUGCACUCUGCAUGACUCUUGCAUCACUUGAUCUAGGAUUACCGCCCUGGGAGAUGGUUGGCCUUCUCACAGGUGGUUUAGCCCUCUCAAGCUUUGCCUUGUCAGGACUUUAUUGUACUCAUCAAGACAUCUCACCAGAAUAUGCAAGUAUACUUCUGGGUAUAACCAAUACUGUUGGAGCUGUACCUGGAAUUGUAGGUGUAGCCCUCACUGGCUAUCUUCUUGAUAUGACUCAUUCAUGGAGUAUAUCACUAUAUGCACCAUCAAUCUUCUUCUAUUUGAGUGGUACCGCCGUAUGGUUGGUAUUUGCCAGCAGUAAGCCUCAAAGUUUUUCUGAGGAAAACUGAUCCAUUUUUCAAUCAUUCAAGCAAACUAUAUGAUAAACUGAUUUUUGACCGAGGGAGUGAAUAUCUGUUUCAUCGACAAGUCAAGAUUAUUUAUGUACAAAAAAUGAUAGCAUAGCUACAUAGGUAUAUUACUUCUUUUUUCUUCUUCUUUUGUAGCUUACUAUAGCAGUUGUUUAUUUCUAAUAGACGAUGCUGGUUGGUAACCAAAAAAUUGUAAUGACAUAUUGUAAUUUUGGAAAGUCAAUAAUUUGUUGUGUUGAUGCUUUAGUUUCAAGUUUCAACCAUAGAAGACAAUCUGAAUAAUCUCAACAUUUUAAGUCA